GCAAAAAAAACCAAAAUAACUCUUUAAAAAACGCAAAACCCACAAAAGAAAACCCUCAAAAAAUAAACCACAGCCUCCAUUAACAAACAGCUACAGAGCUUCACAGCCCCAUUAUUUACCAAAACCCAAAAGAGUCAGGGAGCAAAAACGACAUGGCACAGUCGCUGGAGCUUUUGCUGAUACAGUUCUUGAUGCCGGACAACGACGCUCGCCGGCAAGCUGAGGAGCAGAUAAAGCGUCUCGCUAAGGACCCCCAGGUGGUUCCUGCUCUUGUUCAGCAUCUCCGUACUGCCAAGACCCCCAAUGUUCGACAGCUUGCCGCUGUGUUACUCAGGAAGAAGAUCACUGGUCACUGGGCCAAGCUCUCUCCACAGCUUAAGCACAUGGUCAAGCAGUCACUCAUUGAGAGUAUAACUAUGGAGCAUAGUCCGCCGGUAAGACGAGCUAGUGCAAAUGUUGUUAGUGUAAUCGCAAAGUAUGCAGUUCCGGCAGGGGAGUGGCCUGAUUUGUUGCCCUUUCUGUUUCAAUGCAGUCAAAGUGCACAAGAAGAUCAUAGAGAAGUGGCAUUGAUCCUUUUCAGCUCUUUGACUGAAACAAUUGGGAACACAUUUCGACCACAUUUCGCAGAUUUGCAAGCUUUGCUUCUCAAGUGUCUACAGGAUGAGACUAGCAACCGUGUUAGAGUUGCCUCUCUCAAGGCAGUAGGAUCUUUUCUAGAGUUCACUCAAGAUGGUGUUGAAGUGGUUAAGUUUAGAGAAUUCAUUCCCAGCAUUUUAAAUGUAUCCAGACAAUGCCUUGCAGCUGGUGAUGAGGAUAUUGCUGUACUUGCAUUUGAAAUUUUUGAUGAGCUAAUUGAAUCUCCUGCCCCUCUUCUUGGGGAGUCCAUCAAAUCCAUCGUCCAGUUCUCUCUUGAGGUUUGCUCAAGCCAAACUUUGGAAUCUAACACACGUCAUCAGGCCAUUCAGAUAAUUUCGUGGCUAGCAAAAUACAAAUCUACUUCCCUCAAAAAGCAUAAGCUGGUCAUCCCCAUUCUGCAAGUCAUUUGCCCAUUGCUUACAGAAUCAAGUAAUGGAGAUGAAGAUGAUGAUCUUGCGCCAGAUCGUGCUGCUGCAGAAGUUAUAGACACUAUGGCUUUGAAUCUAGCAAAGCAUGUUUUUCCCCCUGUUUUUGAAUUUGCAUCUGUAAGCAGUCAGAGCACAAAUCCUAAGUAUCGGGAAGCUUCUGUUACAUCUUUAGGCGUUAUUUCAGAGGGUUGUUUGGACUUGAUGAAAGAUAAGCUGGAAGCAGUUCUUCAUAUUGUUUUAGGGGCUUUAAGAGAUCCAGAACAAAUGGUAAGGGGAGCUGCGUCGUUUGCACUAGGUCAGUUUGCUGAGUAUUUACAGCCUGAAAUUGUUUCUCACUAUGAAAGUGUACUUCCUUGCAUUUUGAGCGCGCUUGAAGAUGCAUCAGAUGAAGUGAAGGAAAAAUCUUACUAUGCUUUGGCAGCAUUUUGUGAGAACAUGGGAGAGGAAAUCCUUCCUUUUCUUGAUCCAUUGAUGGGGAAACUGCUGGGAGCUCUCCAAAAUAGCCCCCGUAAUUUGCAGGAGACAUGCAUGUCUGCAAUUGGUUCAGUUGCGGCUGCUGCAGAGCAGGCCUUCAUUCCUUAUGCCGAAAGGGUUCUGGAGUUGAUGAAAACCUUCUUGGUGCUUACCAAUGAUGAGGACCUCCGCUCACGAGCAAGAGCAACUGAAUUAGUUGGAAUAGUUGCAAUGUCUGUUGGAAGAGCUAGGAUGGAACCAAUUUUACCCCCUUUCAUAGAAGCUGCAAUUGCGGGUUUUGGAUUGGAGUUUAGUGAGCUUCGGGAGUACACUCAUGGAUUCUUUAGCAAUAUAGCAGAAAUUUUGGAUGAUGGCUUUAUACAGUAUCUUCCUCAUGUGGUACCCCUGGCAUUUUCUUCCUGCAAUCUUGAUGAUGGCUCUGCUGUGGACAUUGAUGAGUCUGAUGAUGAGAAUAUCAAUGGAUUUGGUGGAGUUUCUUCGGAUGACGAAGCUCAUGAUGAGCCAAGAGUUCGAAACAUCAGCAUAAGGACAGGUGUUUUGGAUGAAAAGGCAGCUGCAACUCAAGCCCUUGGCUUAUUUGCAUUACACACCAAGAAUUCUUAUGCAACCUAUUUGGAGGAGUCAUUUAAGAUUUUGGUGAGACAUGCUACGUAUUUUCAUGAAGAUGUUCGUCUGCAGGCAAUCACUGCUUUGAAACAUAAUUUGACAGCUGCACAGGCAAUUUGUCAGAACCACAAUGAAGGUGCAGCAAAGGUAAAAGAAGUUCUUGACACAGUGAUGAACAUUUAUAUCAAGACAAUGACUGAAGAUGAUGAUAAGGAGGUUGUUGCCCAAUCUUGUAUGAGCAUCGCUGACAUCAUUAAGGAAUUUGGUUAUGUGACAGUUGAGCCUUAUGUGCCUCGGCUAGUUGAUGCAACAUUGGUACUGCUUCGCGAGGAGUCAGCUUGUCAACAAGUAGAAUCUGAUGGUGAGAUUGAUGACGAUGAUACUGAACACGACGAAGUACUAAUGGAUGCAGUUUCGGACCUUCUUCCUGCAUUUGCAAAGUCAAUGGGCUCUCAUUUUGCACCCAUCUUUGCAAAGUUCUUUGAACCUUUAAUGAAAUUUGUGAAAGCGUCACGCCCUCCACAAGAUCGGACAAUGGUGGUUGCAUGCCUUGCCGAAGUUGCUCAGGACAUGGGUGCUCCAAUUGCAGGCUAUGUUGAUAGGCUGAUGCCCUUGGUACUCAAAGAACUAGGAUCAUCAGAUGCGACCAACAGAAGGAAUGCUGCCUUUUGUGUUGGAGAGUUGUGUAGGAAUGGAGGCGAUGGAACGUUGAAAUACUAUGGUGAUAUAUUACGUGGACUUUACCCAUUAUUUGGGGAAUCAGAGCCAGAUAAUGCUGUCAGGGAUAAUGCAGCUGGUGCGGUGGCAAGAAUGAUAAUGGUACACCCUGAAUCAGUUCCGUUGAAUCAGGUUCUUCCUGUUUUCCUUAAAGUUCUUCCACUAAAAGAAGAUCAUGAGGAAUCCAUGGCUGUAUAUACUUGCGUGUCAACUCUUGUUUUAUCAUCCAAUCCCCAGAUCCUCUCUUUAGUUCCUGAGUUGGUUAAUGUAUUUGCCCAAGUUGUGUCAUCUCCAGUUGAAGCUUCUGAGGUUAAAGCUCUAGUAGGAAGAGCUUUCUCUCACUUGAUUUCUCUCUAUGGCCAUCAAAUGCAGCCCCUUUUGAGCAAUCUUUCUCCGGCACAUGCAAAUGCCCUUGCUGCAUUUUCACCAAAAAGCUGAUGUCUGAUUGAAUCCGUGAAUUACCAAUUACCCUUUUUUCCUCACAUUUUAAACUUUGAUUUUGUUAUUGAGUUUGUUAUACCCUUGCCACAUUUACCCCGAGAAUUUAAACAUACAUCCAGUGAACUGUCCUUCCUCACUUUGUCGACCUUCAUGUUGCUUCUGAGAUUGUUUCUCAAAGAGUGGUUUUGCGCCCAUGUUUUAGUUGGGGGGUGCUGAAUUGUUGCUUUAUGAGAUGUCUUCUUCCAGGUCUUGUUUCUUCUUACAAAAAUCUCGAUUUUUCUGGUCUGGAGAGCUUUACAGGAUCUUCAAAUGCCUAUAUAUUUAUGAUUUUGUUUUUUCAAUAUAUGUUCCAUUAUUAUUAUUUUUUUUUAGAUUUUUUUUCUUUUUUGUUUUGGCUACCGGGCAAGUUCUUUAAUUUAUUUAUUUGUUGAGCUUGAAGAGGUUAUAGUUGGUGUUCCUGAGGGUUUUGUAGAUAUAAAAUCUCACAUUAUCCUCGUAAAGUUAUAUGUUAAAGGUCAUGUAUUACAUCAUUGUUCAUAGUCUUUUUUCGUUUGCUGUUUCAAAUUAUAUUUGACGGUAAUUUAUUAGUGAAGACAAUGGAUAUUUGGUCUGUAUUCACAUCUAAGUUGUAAUGAACAUGGUUUUGUGGAGAUUUUCAUUGAGUUCUACACAUUA